CCAAACUCCCUUAACGCCCUUUGGGUUCCGUUGCAGUGGAAGAUUGACGACAAACCAGUAAAAAUUGACAAAUGGGACGGUUCAGCUGUGAAAAAUUCUUUGGACGACUCUGCCAAAAAGGUUCUCCUCGAGAAGUACAAGUACGUCGAAAAUUUCCGUUUGAUCGACGGCCGCCUCAUCAUCUGCACAAUCUCUUGUCUCUUUGCGAUUGUAGCUUUGAUUUGGGAUUACCUGCACCCCUUUCCUGAAUCCAAACCUGUCCUUGCCUUUUGUGUUGUAUCAUAUUUUGUGAUGAUGGGAAUCCUGACGAUUUAUACCUCAUACAAAGAGAAGAGUAUUUUCCUCGUAGCUCACAGAAAAGACCCCGCGGGGAUGGACCCCGAUGACGUUUGGCAGCUCUCCUCCAGUCUCAAACGGUUCGAUGACAAGUACACCCUGAAGCUGACUUUCAUCAGUGGGAAAACCAAACAGCAGAGGGAAGCAGAGUUCACCAAAUCCAUCGCGAAAUUCUUCGAUACCAACGGGACGUUGGUCAUGGAGGCCUACGAGCCCGAGGUGUCCAAGCUGCACGACAGCCUGGCCCUGGAGAGGAAAACAAAAUGAUUUCUGACGCUGCCUGCCUCCCGGGAACGUGCUAAAUUAAUGCCAAUA